AUGGUAUCCCUUCGGCUCGAUUCGUUGCUGGCACGGCGAAGCAGCGUACAACGGGCAGCCGUUCAAGUAUCUGCCAGACAACAAGAUGAUGACGACGCUAUCUGGGGUCGGACGCUUGCUGUUGUUGAUGGGACCGCCUCACUUCUUGAGAGGGAUGAGGACGAGGCAGACGACAAGUUCCAAGCGUUAGAUGACGGUGACGAUGACGACGACUCAACGUCUUUCCCUCCACCACCACCUGCCACUCCUCCGAUCUUCUCGCCGCCCCCAGAUCUGACAACCAGCCCAAGCACAAAAUCAACCAAAUCGUCUGAGUCAGAUACCGAGUCAGAUUCGAUCAACGACACUAUCUAUCCCUCCGAUUUUGACUUCAACCAGCACUCCGCAAAUAACAACUCCGCCGACAAAUUUUCCAUUAUUGACAAGCAGCUCAUCACUGCCAACUACUACCAGCAGUGGUGCGAUCUUCCUGCCGUAGGUCUCAUCGUCGGUCUGUUCUGGGGGGCAAUCCUCAUCCGCCGACGCCGGCGUCGCCACGGCCAAGAUGAAUUGAACCCUAGCGACUACCCAUCUCGUAUUGGUCAACGAAGCCGUUUCAAUGUCAACCUUCCAUCGUUGCCAGCCUUGCCGUUCUCCUUCACCACCCCACUCGACCGGUUUUACAAACCCAAACCCGAGGCCAUCCCGAAACGCCAGGUGUCGAACCCAUUCAACGCCAGGCACGUCAGCGGCCACCGAAAUGAUCGCUCCGAUUCGGCCAUCCUCAACGAGGCUAUCCAGGCUGCGUACCAAAUGGAAGGCGGCCAUAGUGACGCGGUGCCACGGGGCUUCCUGGAUGAGAAGCGACGAGAUCCGCAUCAUCUUCUGCCACUGCUCGACCCACAGCCGAUCGAGCAGGCGAGUAUCCGGAAGAGUGUGGUCAGCUGGUUCAAGAGGUCCAGCAGGCAUCACCCACUCAAGUUGAACCCAGCGAGUGGAAGCCUUAGCCUGCGCAGCUCUACAGGGAGCACUUCAACGGGAGGAAGGAGGAGCAGACCAGGAAGCCAGGCGACUUCAAGGACUGUCAGCUACUACUCCAACUCAGGGGAAAGCGUCGUGGCGGAGAGCAGCGGGGCUAGGAGGAUGCAGGACGUUCCUCCGCUGCCCGACCUAGACCUGCAGAAAGCCUACACCAACAACGCUGCGACUGCACCAACCGCGCAGUCGCCGACCGAGUCGACCUCCGAAUCCGUGACAGCCCCGCUGCCCGUCUUCACAAGAGACGACGCACAAGCCUACUAUAAGUCGAUGUGGGCAGGCUCCUCCGUCUCGGGGUCUACCGAAAGAAUGUCAGCCAUGAGCUCCUGGACGGACGUGACGCGCACGACCAUGGCGGGCGGGCGCUCCAGCGCGAUGAACACGCCGGGCCUGUCGCCGCCGCCGAGCUUCCACAGCAGCUUGAACAGGACCAGCGCCUACCCGCAGACGCCCAUCACGCCUGGGUACACCAGCACAACAGGCCCUAGCCCGUCGGGCGAGGGCACGAGGACGAGGGAGGACCUCUAUGCGCUGUACGCGCCGACCAGGGGAAGUGUGGCUGGGAGCGCUGUCGGCUUGGGGCUUCAACAGCAGCUGCAGCAGCAGUCACAGGACAAGCCUGCGGAUGCCUCGGGGGGUAAAUAA